AUGAACAUUUGGAUUGCAGCAAGUAACGGAGAAACUGAGCUCGUAGAGAAGUUCAUCAGCCAAGGACAAACUGCAAACUCGAAGGAUGACAAUGGUUACACACCAGUUCAUGCAGCAGCUGCGUACGGACACAUUGACCUCUUGAAGAAACUAGUUCAUGAAUACAACGGAGAUGUUAACAUUAGGGAUUCUGAUGACGAUACCCCACUACAUCACUGCGAAGACGCUAAUACAGCUAGAUUUCUAAUAGAGCAAUUGGGAGCAGACCACAAACUUACGAAUAACGAAGGAAAAACCUGCUUCCAGGUAUGGCAAGAGACUUGCGACGAUAACUUGGAACUACUAAAAUAUGCCGAAGAAGUACUAGGAGAGUCGGUGUUUGGCUCGUCCUUAGGUAUUGACCAAGAACAACUAAAACAAUUCAAGGACAGCAUUAGAUACACAUUAGAAAACGAUCCAGUGGAUGAAACAGACCCAGAGUCCCUAGAACGUAGAAAAAAACUAGAGAGUAUCAUACAGGGGGAAAAUGCCGAGGAAGAACUAGAGCAAUACAUCAGAGACAUGAUUCACAAACAAUUCUUCUCUGGUAAUGCCGAGAACGAUGUUUCAGAGAGCAACAAAAGAAUGAAAUAA